CACAGCGAGCACCAAGGAGACCCAGGGCAGCAACCAAGGGAAAACAACUGGACAGGAUGACUAAAGUUAUGCAAAGGAGACUGCCCAUAGCUGUUGAGGAAGGCAAAAAAAGGCCACAUGAACCUGUUCAAGCUGCCAAGUUUGCAUCAGAGGCUGGCAUCAUUAUUCGGGAAACCAUGCCUAUCCUAACUCGUUGGAAAGAUUACAAGGACGACCAGAAAUACUACAACAGCUUUGUGUCACAGCUAAAUGGGCGCUUGUCCGUUAACACUGAGGACAAGGCAACAAAGGAAGCUUGCACCGAUAUGCUACGCUCUGCGGUAAAAAACCAGCGUUAUCGGCUCAAGCAGAAAUACUUCAAUGGUGUACCUGCAAAUGAGAUUAGCACAACUUCUCCUGUAUCUUACAUGACUGAUGAACAGUGGAGGGCAUUAGUUGCAAAGUGGUCUGAUCCAAAGAACAUGGAAAUAAGUGCAAAGAACAAGCAGAACCGCAGUCAAGUCAAGUUUCAUCAGGCUACGGGUUCUCGCUGCUAUGUGGCACACUUACAUGCAUAUAAGCAGAAGAGAAACCGAGAAGAACCCAGCUUAGACCAGACUGAAGAACUAGAUGCGGUGGACGCCUUCAAGACCUGUCAUACCAGCUCCAAACGUGGCCUGAGUGAACCGGCAAGAGAAGCACUUUCUCAUAUGGAGGCUUUGAGGGCUGAACCUGUUGCUGAAGGUGAGAUGCCAGCAUCCAGUGUGCACCUUGUGUCGAAGGUGCUGUCCCAGAGCAGCUCACACCAAUUCCUGAAAAGCGUCGGCAUCAAAACAUCGGCAACCUCCAAGGCUUCAUCAUCAAAUCAUAGUGAGCUUCGGGAACAACUUGCAGCUGAAGCGACGGCUGCUGUUCAAGGUGAACUCGACCAGCUCAGGAAGAAAUGUGAAGAAGCUGAGGAACAGCAGGCGAGGACACAAAGGGAGUUGGAGGAGUACAAGAAGAUAACAGAGAAGAACAGCAAGGAGAUGGAGGAGACCAAUGUGCUCAUCAAGAAGCUCUUGUCCUUGCAUGGUAACUCUUCUUCGACAUGAGGGCUGCUAGUCAGAGCUGCUGUUUUUGGCCUGUUCUUUGACAUGAGGGUACCCAAAAACUCUAGUUGCUCGUGGGUGUCAACUUUUGAUUAUAUGCUGUUAUGUUUGUGCAAACUCAACUGAAAUGUGAACUCAUGUGGUGAUGCUAUGAACUGAGUUUAGUGUUGUCCACUUAGUUUGUAUGCGCACUGGAAUACUAGUUGUAUUCAUCUAUGGAAUAUGGAAUUGUGUGCUCA